CUACACCCAGAGUCUCCAUUCAGCCGGGACUCUUUACUGCUCAAACUCUCAUUAGAGAAGGGGGCGUGCGGGACAUCCACAUAUACGGUAACCGCGCGAAACUGUCAGUCCCGUCUUUUUAAGGAUAGCUUGUGAGCGCUUGAAAGCAGAAGGCAAAUAUGUCGUCGUGGCAGAGCUAUGUGGAUAACCUGAUGUCGGAUGGCUGCUGCCAGGACUCCGCCAUUGUUGGGUGCAACUCAGACUCUAAAUACGUUUGGGCAGCGCAGGAGGGGGGCACAUUCAUAAACAUCACGCCCACAGAAAUCGACGUCCUAGUAGGAAAAGACCGAGAAAGUUUUUUCACCAACGGCCUGACCUUAGGUUCAAAGAAGUGCUCAGUUAUCCGAGACAGCCUCCUAGUCGACAAUGAUUGGACAAUGGACAUAAGAACAAAGAGUCAAGGAGGAGAGGCCACGUACAACGUCACUGUCGGCAAAGCAACCAAAGCAUUGGUUUUAGUCAUGGGCAAGGAAGGCACCCAUGGAGGGCUGCUCAACAAGAAAGCGUAUCACAUGGCUGAUUACCUGAGGAAAUCUGGAUAUUAAGACGCGUCCAGUCCUAGCUGCUCAUUCUGCUAACCCUUCUAGAUGGCUUCAUCAUCCAUUGGUUUUCAACUUUACUUCCACUUUUAUGCUACCCAAACCCCAUUUCUUUCCCAUUAAUGUCUAUUUAAUGAGUUCGGUCCCAUUUUGGCACUACGAUCCCAUGGUGAGCUUCAGACCAAAAGCUAGCGUGAAAACUUCACGUCUUUUUUUGGGAGAUUGUUGAUUUAACCAAGGGCUUGAGCUCAACUCAAAUUCCUAUUCCUAGAUCCAAUCUGGGAACGGUCAACUGUAUGCAUAUCUACAAACCUACCAAAUGAACCCUAGUUAGGCUGGACGAUAUAUUUAGCGUUUUCAUCUAAUUAAAUAUGGCGUCUGCUCUAACAAACAUCUGUUUUGUCAUUUUUUCCUCAACCUGAAGUUUGUCGCCAUUGGCGCAUCAACACUAACUGUAAACGCAACACUACCGUUUUUUUUUUUUUUUUUUUUUCUUCUCAAGCUGAGGCCUCGUUUAGUUGGCUUUACUGUGAUUUUUGAGCUGCAGGUAGCAUUUUUUUUCCCCAUCAACCCUACAAUUGAAUGUUUAUUGACAUUCCGUCAUCGCAUUUACUUUUGCUAGCUUAUGUAAAAUAUAUAUAUAUAUAUAUAUAUAUAUACGACUGCCAUUUCAGACAGUGGGUUUCAGCGGUUUAGAGUUUCUUUUCAGUCGGACCAAUUUUCGUCACUGCUUGGGUUAUUUACGCACUACCAUAAAUGCUAAACAACAAAACACUAGCGUCUGAUCGCAGACUUCAACACUUGAAUCGAAUUGAUCCCGUACUGUUAUGACUGUGGAAUAAAUUGCCUUCGAGUCGUCAGCGAUACAACUGUCUGUCAAAACUUGAUGUUUCAUCAAGUCCAAAUGUUCAAGUGUGACACUCAAAUCAUAAUGUGUAUCCUGUGCCAUAAUGUAGAGAAUCUGUUGUUAUUGAUUCAAACAGCUUCCCGAAUGAUUCUGUCGCUUCUUUGUUCAGGGGUUUUUGGUAUCAGCUGAAGUUCUGGCCUUGUGGGGUAUUUGUACAGGUGACUCUAGUUCAUUUCUCUUUUUCCCCUGUACUUUUUCAUACAUCUUGGAUAGUCUGAUAUGUCUGAUUUCAUAUGCAUAAAAUGAGAAAUGCCAUAAAUUAAUUUUACCACCUUGUUUACAGACAGAUUAAAUAAAUCUAUUCCAACCCA